CCAAAAGCACUCUCCUGUGCGCUGAGCCUCCGUCCCACUCCCCUCCCCCCUCUCCCUCCUUUCCGUCGCUAUAAUACCUUCCUGAUUCUCCGUUGAUCGGAAGGUCCUUCAUACAUUCAGCAUGCUGGGUCGUACAGCCAUGCGCGGCGUCCCCUUCCGGGGUCUCGCCCGGCAGUCUUUGAACAGAACCUCCACGCGGUCUGCUUCCUCGUCCGCCGGUUCCGAAUCCGCCAACUCCCCCUUCAACCUCACCCUCACUGCCUCCGUCGCAACCGCUGCCGCCCUCGGUUCCGCCGCCUAUCUCUUUGGACAGGAGGCUUUUGCCUCGACUCCUGCUGAGGAAGGAUUGCACGCUACCGCCUAUCCUUGGGAGCAUGCCAAGUGGACCAAGACCUUCGAUCACCAGGCUCUCCGCCGUGGUUUCCAGGUCUACCGUGAGGUCUGCGCCAGCUGCCACUCCCUGACCCGUGUGCCCUGGCGCUCGUUCGUCGGUGUCACCCACACCGUUGAUGAGAUGAAGGCCUUCGCCGAGGAGAACGAGUACGAUACCGAGCCCAACGACCAGGGUGAAAUCGAGAAGCGUCCCGGCAAGCUGUCCGACUACAUGCCCAGCCCCUACAAGAACGAGGAGGCUGCUCGUGCCGCCAACGGCGGUGCCCUGCCCCCGGAUCUGAGCUUGAUCGUCAAGGGCCGUCACGGUGGCUGCGAUUACAUCUUCAGCUUGCUGACCGGUUACCCUGACGAGCCCCCCGCUGGUGCCUCCGUCCAGGAGGGCAUGAACUUCAACCCCUACUUCCCCGGCACUGCUAUUGCCAUGGGUCGUGUCCUCUUCGACGGUGUCGUCGAGUACGAGGAUGGCACCCCCGCCACCACCUCCCAGAUGGCCAAGGACGUCGUCGAGUUCCUCAACUGGUCCGCCGAGCCCGAGAUGGACGACCGCAAGAAGAUGGGUGUCAAGGCCCUGACCCUCCUGACCGGUCUGUUCGCCGUCAGCGUGUGGGUCAAGCGCUACAAGUGGUCUCCGAUCAAGACGAGGAAGGUCGUGUACAGCCCCCCUGUCUCCCCCCGGCGCUAAAUGUUGCAGUCAGUAGACGGUGACAUUGCAGGCCCCGUGGGAUGUGGACGGGGACGGCGAACCCGGUUCGCAUAAUCGUGACAACGCCCGGGUGUACCUUACUCUCCAUCUCUUGUCAGCGGUUGUUUUGCUAGUCAUUGGUCUAUGCUGCGUGUUUUGUUAGAUGUUAUUUAGGACACCUGUAUCUGUACCCUAGAUAUUUUUUUCUCCUUGAAAAUUUUGUUCCAAGAUCCAAUGCAC